AUGUCUACCGCCAUAACCAAUGUCCGCCUCUUCGAUGGUUUGGAGGUACACGAGAAAGCCACGGUGAUCUUUGAGGACGGAAAGAUUAAGGAAGUCCGACUUGCUAAGGAUCAAGAGGUCAAAGCCGACACUGUGCUAGACGGACGAGGAAAGACACUGCUUCCAGGCCUCAUCGAUGCACACGUUCAUGCCAAGUCUCCCGCCCUGGAGCAAAAUAUGCUGUUCGGCGUUACAACAGCUCUCGAUAUGUUUUCCUUUCCCGAGUGGAUGAACGACCUCCGAAAGCAGGCUGCAAGCCGUUUCGACGUCAGCGACAUCCGUUCAGCCUCUUGUGGUGGAACCGUGCUCAACGGUCAUCCGACCAUGCUGAUCGGCAAGUACUUUCCCACCCAAUUCCCAGUCGUCGCUAGCGUGGCGGAGGUGGGUCCUUUUGUGGCGAAACGGGUGAAAGAAGGGGCGGACUACAUCAAGUUCAUCAUCGACUCUGGGUCCCAAUUCAGCCACAGCCAUCCCAGUGUCGAUGAGGACAUGGCCAAAACGUUCGUCCAAGAGGCUCACAAGCACGGUAAGAUGGCCAUCUGCCACGCUCUCGACGCUAAUUCGGCCAAAAUUGCUGUUCGCGCCGGAGUGGACGGCCUCAUUCACGUCUUUUACGACGUCGCUAGCGAUGAUGAAGCCGUCCAGAUGAUUGCAGACGCAAAGAUUUGGGUUUGCACCACGAUCGUCACGCUUGGUGCCUUAGCGGGCGAAUCGACUGGCAAUAAUGUGGCCGAAGACAACCGAGUGAUGAACAUCCUCCCACCAAAGCUUCACAACAAUCUCACCUGCUGCUGGGGUCCUAAACGUUCCCCUGCGUCCACCGAGAACGCGUUGUCGAUCACGCGCGCCUUACACAAGGCCGGUGUGCCCAUCCUGGCAGGCACAGACGCUUGCGGCAUCGUCGGCCUGGGGGCUGUGUACGGCGCCAGCUUGCACGGAGAGCUUCGAUAUCUAGUCGAAGCUGGAUUGACGCCCUUGGAGGCUUUGCGUUCCGCCACUUCCAUCCCCGCCAACAAGUUCUCCCUCAGGGACAGGGGUGUCAUCAAGACCGGCCUGAACGCUGAUCUCCUUCUAGUCCGUGGCAAUCCAAUUGAAGAUAUCCACGACAUCAUGGAGAUCGAUAGCGUAUGGAGGGCGGGUCAUCUUCUCGAUCGUAAGAAGACUCAAGCAGACAUCCUUUCCAUCGUCGGGACUGAGUAGAUGAUCGAAGGCUCUUAUAGUUCCG